AUGCAUCCGUUGCGUGAACGCGCCUGCGACAAACUGCUCGAGCAUCCACUGUUGCGGACACCGCCUCCGGAGCCAGAACGACCUCGGCCGCCGCGUGUGCGCAAGCCAAGGGAAUUCAAACUUCCCCCUAGGUUUCCUUUACUCUCAAAAGAUUUCUAUGCUAUGUGGUGUAACCAUCAGAAGGAGCUGCAAAUGUCGAAACACAAAGUAGACGACCAUCCACCAGAACUUUUUCCUGAAUUAUAUUUAAAACCACGUCGGCUCGACUAUUACGCACGUCAACUUGAAGAAAAUAUGAAUGUAAAUAAGGAGUUACUGAAAAGGAUUAAUUUGAUACAGAGAACAGGCGGUUUCGUAGAUUGUUGGAUGUAUCCUGAGCCAACAGAUACGUACAAUAAAUUAUUGUGUAAACAGAGGCAAAGGGUGCUUGACGAAAUACAAAGACAAAAUCACUAUCUUUACUCUAGACUACUCAUAGCUAGAUCAGAACAACCUCUCACAAAAGAACUUGAACUGUUAUGGAAAGAUACAAAGCACAAACUAAUAUUGGGAGCUUCGGUCUCCAUGGAAAUAUGGGUAGUUGGUGGUUCUAAAAUAGGUAGAGUAACCGCCGAACUCUUUACCGACGUUGUACCGAAAACAUGCCAAUUGUUUCUUAGUCUCAUUAAAGGAGAUGUCAGAGGUCAUGCAUAUAUGGGCACUAGAGUCGUGCCUAAUUUAUAUUGCCGCGGAGGAGAUGUCACAAAAGACAAUGGCUUUGGCUCCUAUUUACCCGAAGGAGUUGCAGAACCAAUGGGAGCAGAAAAUUAUAGAUUGAAGCACACCGUACCUGGUGUUCUAUCGAUGGUUGUAACUUCAGAUAAUGAAGUUUAUGGUCAAUUCAACAUUAUAUUUAAACCACUCUCACAAUUUGAUGGCAAACAUGUCGUUUUUGGUAGAAUAAUCGCUGGUCCCACUCAAGCUCUUGAAAGAAUUAGUGCAUUAGGUUUGCCCUUAGGUACGACUACGUCAGAUAUUAUCAUUCGGUACUGCGGCUGGUUCACUCGUUCUGGUCAAUAUCGCGAAGGAAAUCCGAACACUAUCAAAUUUCCGCCUCGUAGAAAACUAAAGAAA